AUGUCAGAAGCAGACCGAAAUAAGCACAUCAUGAAAGGCAUUAAUGAUGAUGCGUUCCAAAUGCUCCUGGCCAAGAACCCGAACAGUGUUGCCGACGUUAUUACCCUCUGUCAUAGCUACGGCGAGCUGCGCAAGCAGCAAGCUUUGACGAGGCCUUCUCCUGCAACCGAUGCGUCAAUCGCCAGCCUGGCCAUUGGUUCCGACCAGGCGUCGCUGCUCACGCAGAUCAAAGCCUUUGUGCGCAAAGAAGUCGCCCGACAGCUGUCCCUGGUACCCUUCACCCAGAUCGGUGUGCGCAUGUCUGAGUCUGCAGGCCAGGCCGAUCCUGGCCGGGACAGCUAUUCGGGUCCCUUCCAGCAGUCGCGACAUGCAAGGGUGCAAGCUGUGCGCCGAGAAAAAUGGCAGCCCUCGGACAGCAGCAGGAUUUGCGGCCUACAUUUCAUCACUGGCGCUCCGUCUCCAUUCCCGAACCACCCGGACUGGGCACCUAACGUUUUUGCCUUCAAGAAGGCUAACCGCGAAGCUGAAGAAAAGAAAUGCGACAGAUACGAACGGACGUUGAAGCGGAAACGUUGUUCGGCUUCUAACCACGGAUCAGCGGCCCACACAGGAUGCGUUGUAGCAGCCUAUGCUGCUUAUGCCAGCCGAGACAAGGCGAACGCUGAAGCAGAAUCCGAUGGAGAUGCUGUCGCAUCAACAUUGUUUUGGGGAGACAUCGAACCGGAUCCAACUGAAUCCGAUGGAGAUGCUGUCACAUCAACAUUGUUUUUGGGAGACAUCGAACCGGAUCCAACUGAAUCCGAUGGAGAUGCUGUCACAUCAACGUUGUUUUUGGGAGACAUCGAACCGGAUCCAACUGAUGGAGAGGACGAGAUGGAACCAGACAGCACUGAUGAUGAGGCAUCAAACGACUUGCCAGAGAGCAUGCAAUUGUUACAAGCACAGUUGCCUGCACCAUCACACCACAUGGGUGGAUUUUCAAGAAACCUGCAGGCUCGCAUGCAAGAGAAAUACCCGGAGAAAUGUCGAGCAUAUAAUGCAUUGCAGGAGCGCUAUUUAAUCAUGGAAAAUUAACUUCGAGACCUUCGAGCAAAAAGAAGUUCAGAAGCGAACGGUGCUGCUGCUGCAUGGGGUUAUGCUGCCAUAGCCGGGCACUCUGAAAAGGUUGCAUACUACACAGGCCUGCCAAAUAAGGAGACAUUUGCAUGGGUUGUGUCUGUAUAUAGAACUGCUUGCCCUUCUGUGGAAACGAUGAGCCAUGAAGACCAGGUUUUGCUCGUGCUGAUGAGGCUACGCCUUGAUAUUCACCUGUGCUUUCUGGCGGAUCUCUUUAAGAUAAAUA